AUGGAAGCUCUUCUUCAACGUCAAAACGAGUUGAUUCAAGAGAUCCAAAGGAUUGGCGUUAACUUUGGAAAGGACAGCGCUAGCAGGAAGACUAAGGAGUACAUUGACACGCGUCUUACUGCAAUAGACAAAUAUUGGGGUGAGUUUGAUCACAACAACACACUCCUAUUAUCAUACGAAGGCGAAUCGGACUACUUCGACAAGAACAUUUAUCAGCAGACAAAAGAUUAUUAUGACAAGCAGCGUAGGAUCAUCGCCGAAUAUCCUCCGUUUGUUCCACCUACUCUCGAGCCCGUUCCCAGUUCUUCGAAACCGACAUUCAAGCUAUCAAGACAUGAAGAGCGAGGAACGAACCCGGGAAGUCAAGUAGAUGAACUUAUAUCACAGCAAAAGACAUACUUUAGAGCUUUGUCACGAGUGAUAAAGCGCCCUGACAUUGUUGACAUCGAGGAAAAGUGGGAAAUUGAAGACCUACUCAAGGACCUACAACACCGUUGGCGAACCAUCGACGAACUACACAUGCGAAUUGACAACAUACUAGAAGGCAGCAACCAGGACUAUGAAGAUGAGUUCAUGUUCUACGAAUCUUUGUACAAUAAGACAAAACGACAAUUAAACAGAAAGUUGAGUUCUACAACACAUCUGCAGCAAUCAACCCCGAAGAUAGACAUUCCUGUGUUUACUGGAAAGUAUAGUCAGUGGCCUACCUUUUUGGACCUCUUCAAUGAGACUAUACAUAACAACAGCAGUCUGAGUAACGCACAGAAAAUGCAAUACCUAAAGGGAAAACUACGAGGUGAAGCGGAACGUCUCAUCCAACAUCUUAACAUAUCAGCUGACAACUACGAGACCGCCCGUGACCUACUUAUGCAUCGAUACAACAACACUCAAGUUCUAUUUACCAACCAAAUAGAAACAUUUUUGUCACAACCUUCUGUGCACCGACAAUCUGCAUUUGAAUUAAAACGCUUGUAUGACACUACUAUGGAGAGUAUACAUGCGAUUCACAAUCUUGGGGUCGAUACGACAUCAUGGGAUCCGCUCUUGGUACAUCUAAUAUGCAAGAAGCUGGAUACUGAAACUUAUACCGACUACAAGGAAUCCCGCAAGACACCACGGGAACUACCAUCAUUUGAAGAACUCAUGAAUUUUAUCGAAAGCAAGUUUACUGCCCUAGAGCCCCUAUCGAAGAGAGAAAGGGACACUACAGAUAAAAAACACUCAUAUCAAUCGAAGCCGACAUUCAAAUCUCUUUAUCCUAAGCGGAUUUCGAGUGAACCUUAUCAAUCUGUGGUCACAUAUACACCAAAAUGCCCGCUUUGUGAAGACAAACACGAUUUGUAUCAAUGUGAAAAGUUCCUCAACAUGACACCGGACACUCGCCUGACGACAAUUGCAAAAAAGGAAAUAUGCCAAAACUGCUUGUAUAAACAUUACAGGCCAUGCAAUUCGACAAAACGAUGCAAAUAUUGCAAUGAAUAUCAUAACUCGAUCAUUCACGACGACAUUGCACAAUCGAGGUCGGUGAACCAAAAAUCACCCCUUGCAUCUAAUGACAAACGCCCUGCAAAGCCACAAAACAAUAAACAGCACAAUGUCAAUCACGUGGCUGCAGAUGACGAAGAAAUAUUAUUAACAACCGUGAUGUUGAAGGUUAAGGCUGCUGACGGCACCUUUAUCACGCUAAGAGCACUUUUAGAUCAAGGCUCUCAAAUAUCAUUACUAUCAGAAAAUGCAGCUCAACUUUUAGGACUGCAACGUCGACAUGUCAAUGCUUCAGUCUCGGGCAUUGGUACCAGCUCCAAAAGUGGAAAAGGAAUCGUCACUAUGGACUGCCAAUCACUGUACGAGGACUACAGCUUCACAACCCAAGCUUUAAUCAUAUCAAAGGUGAUCAAUUGUUUACCAAAUAACUCAUUCAGUAAACAAUCAUGGCCACAUCUCCAACACAUAAACCUCGCCGAUCCUGACUACAACAUAUCAAAACCUAUUGAUCUUCUCCUGGAUGCGAGUAUCUACUCCGACAUCAUCAUGAACGGACUGAUCAAGGGCCCACAUCAAGCACCUAUUGCCCAACAGACAAAACUUGGGUGGAUACUAUCAGGAAACGUUCAAAGGUUUAACUGUCACGUAGUCAUCAAUGACGUAGACAACCUAUCAAGAUUCUGGGAAGUUGAAGCCAUCAAUGACACAUCAUCAAACAUGUCUGAACAAGAAAUAUAUUGUGAAGACCUUUAUCAAGCGACAACACGACGGCUGGACAAUGGCAGAUAUCAAGUAGCCCUACCGAUGAAGCAAGACUUCGAGGAACUCCUCGGGACAUCAAAACCAAAGGCUAUCAUGCAGUUUAAACAGCUGGAAAAAAGAAUGGCCAAAAAUGAAGUUUUAUCGACUUCGUAUUGCAACUUUAUGCAUGAAUAUCUACAACUAGGUCACAUGCGUCCGGUUCAGGCGGCCGAUCGCAUGACGUCAAUACCUACUUGUUAUUUACCUCACCAUGGGGUACUAAAUUUAGACUCGACAAGCACUAAAUUUAGGACAGUUUUUAAUGCCUCGAGCAAAACGACAUCAGGACAUAGUCUCAAUGACUUAAUGGAAUGCGGUCCCAACCUGCAGCAGGACCUUCAAGGACUCAUACUGCAAUGGAGGACGCAUAAAUAUGUUAUCACGGCAGACAUUGAGAAGAUGUUUAGACAGAUUCUCAUCAGAGAGCAAGACAGUCAUCUACAAACUAUCGUCUGGAGAUCAUCACCCGAAGACCUACUACGUGAAUAUCGUUUAACCACUGUCACGUACGGAACAAAGGCCGCUCCAUUCUUGGCGAUAAGAACUUUACGACAAAUAGCACAGGACAAUGCCACGGAGUAUCCACUCGCAGCAACUGCACUUGAAACAUCAUUUUACAUGGACGACCUUAUGAGUGGACAUGACAGUAAAAAGCAACUUAAGGAGUUACAAAGACAAUUAAUUGACGUCCUGAAAGGAGCCGGGAUGAACUUACGCAAGUGGUCGAGUAAUGAACUUGACGUUAUCAACGACUUAUCAGCGCAUCAAAAAGGAGCCCCCUUAGAGUUCAGAGACACUGAAUCCCGUAAGACACUGGGACUAAGGUGGAAUCCAUCUUCAGACACAUUUACAUUCCAAAACAAAAUUGAUUAUCAAGACACUAUCAAGAAGCACACCAAGAGACAACUUCUAUCAGAUGUAUCAAAAAUAUACGAUCCAUUGGGAUGGUUAUCUCCUGUCACAAUAAGAGCAAAAAUUGUCUUCCAACAAACCUGGUUAUCAGACUUACAAUGGGAUGAUGAACUGCCCGCCGACAUACAAACUGAAUGGCAACAGAUAAGAGAAGAUCUGAAAAAUAUAGACAAUUUUCAGAUUGACAGAUACUUGGGAGACAAACACAAUUAUCAAUUACAUGGCUUUUGCGAUGCCUCAGAAAAGGCUUAUGCAUGCGCUGUGUACAUAACAACAAAGGACGAUAAGGGCGUGUACACAUCACGUUUAGUUAUCGCCAAGACAAAGUUGGCCCCACACAACAAACAGAUAUCACUUCCUAGAUUGGAACUGUUGGGUGCCCUACUUUUAUCACAGUUACUGAAAAAAGUCGCAGAGUUGAUUCCAGUAACUUCAAUCAAUGCAUGGACAGACUCAAUGGUGGUAUUGGGUUGGCUGAAUGGAGAAAUAACCAAAUGGAAACCGUUCGUAGCCAAUCGGGUGCGACAAAUCAUUGACGUCGUACCGGCAACCCAGUGGCAUCAUGUGAGCUCCGAAGACAACGCAGCAGACUGUGCCACCCGAGGUCUAUCUACUACGUCACUACAAGGUCAUAAAUUGUGGUGGAAUGGACCUCAAUGGCUUAAUCAAACGACACCUCUUCAAGACAAACCAGUUAUCAAGAUUGAAGUUCCCACAAUUGAGAUCAAGAAAACACCCAUCGUGAACACGGCCCUACAACAACGCGAAAAUAAUAUUAUAAUUAAUUUACUUCAAGACAAUAGUUCAUUGACACGAGUUAUUCGCAUUGUAGGCUGGGUUUCGCGUUUCAUCACGCGAUUACGACACCGCAACUGCACUUCGCAACAAAAUACAAAAAUAUUGACGACAAAUGAACUACAAGCUGCGCACAAUUUGAUUAUCAAAACCACACAAUCACUAGAGUUUGAAGACGACAUUAAUCAUUUGAAGAAAAAAGGACAUGUACGAAGCACAAGUAAGAUUGCAAGUCUCAACCCCUUCAUCGACAAACAUGACAUUUUGAGAAUUGGCGGUCGAUUAGAAAAUGCGACAAUUAGACAUUCUGCAAAACAUCCUGUACUUCUCUCUGCAAAAGGUCGUCUAACUGAACUUAUUAUAAAUCAAGCACACAUCAGUACAUUACACGGCGGUCCCCGAUUAACACUAUCUUUCAUCAGACAAAAUUAUUGGAUUGUUGGGGGCAUUCGCGUCGUAAAGAAGAUCAUCCGACAGUGUAUCAAGUGUAAACGCUUCGCUCAAGAGACAAACAACCAGAUGAUGGCUGACCUUCCCCGGCCGAGGGUCAAUCCUUCACGACCCUUCACCAACACUGGCGUAGACUUUACUGGACACGUCGACAUCAAGGCUAAUAAAGGGAGGGGUAUCAAGACCACGAAGGGAUACAUCUGCGUAUUCGUGUGUCUCGCGACAAAGGCAGUACACCUGGAGCUAGUGACAGACUUGAGUACACAAUCAUUUCUCGCGGCCUUUCGACGUAUGUGUGCCCGUCGAGGGACGCCUCGCCAUGUAUACUCUGACAAUGGCACUAACUUCGUUGGAGCUGACAAUAUAUUAAAACGAGAGUACAAGGCUAUAUUGGACACUAUCGACACCUCAUUCAUCAAAAAUAUCAACGAGCUAGGCGUCACGUGGCAUUUCAACGCUCCAGCGUGGCCCAGCGCGGGUGGCCUGUGGGAGGCCGCCGUUAAAAGCAUGAAAUUCCACCUCAAGAGAGUCCUGGGAGAUCAAAAGCUGACAUAUGAAGAGUUUACCACGUUGCUGCAACAAAUUGAAGCGUGCAUGAACUCCAGACCUUUAUGCCCGUUGUCUGAAGACCCUGACGACGAAGUUCUCACUCCUGGUCACUUCCUAGUGGGUGAUUCACUCAUGGCAAGACCACAGACUGACCCAGAUGUUGUGAACUUACCUGCUAGAUGGCAGCUCGUGCAGACGAUGAACAAGCAUUUCUGGAGAAAGUGGUCACAAGAGUACCUUCAACACCUGCAAAAGAGAUCAAAAUGGAGAACCCCUAGUGAAAACUUAAAGGUCGACGACAUUGUUAUCAUCAAGGAAGACAAUAUGCCUCCUGGAAAGUGGGCCAUGGCACGUGUCCUCGAAGUCCAUCCCGGGAAGGACGGCUACGUAAGAGUUGUUUCCUUGAAAACUGAAAAUAAUAUCAUCAAGCGCCCUGUCAACAAGCUUAUCAAACUACCGGUUCACGACAUCAACCAACAAGAUCAGGCUGAGUGUAUUAAAGAAGACGCUCCAAAGCCGUCACAACAACCUCAAAGACAACUUCGACGUGGAGGAAACAAGAAACCUGCAAGCAUGUGUUCAUGA